AUGUCGAUCAGCCCAACGCCGGAUGGCCCCCCCAUUGGUUAUCUUUCGGACUUUGAGGACCGUAUGACCUUGCCAAGAAUCACUCUUGCCGAUCAAUUGCUCAAGGCAAAGCAUGUGGAGUCAAGCGUGCUCACAGAACUUUUGGAUGAGCUUGUAUCUCAAGCCAGGCAAGCUGCAAAACAGCCAGCUCGAGCUGCAAGACAGUUGCCCAGGUCUUGGCGCGUCAAGGACGAUACAACAUCUGAGGAGUGCCUCGAACUAUGUCAAAACAUUCUCGUCCGCGAGACUGCCGAAGAGUUUUGUGCUUUAGGCAACUUGGCCAAGGAACCAGAGUUUGAGAUUGAAGCCAAUCCUUACAGUGAUGAUGACAUCAAAGAGGGGCUGCUGAUUCAUCGCGUGUGCCCCAAAGGCAAGACUUUGAGCGACGACGACCUGCAGCAAGAGCUGAGCGACUUUCGAAGCACUCUGUUUAUUUGGAAGGGCCGUCUUUGCCUGUCCAAACAGCCGUACGUGAAUUGCCCUUGUCGCGAGGCUUCUUCCAGGGGUUCGAUGGAAUCUGCGUCUGAGGAUGAAUUGGAGGAACUUGAUCGACUCGGAACGAGCCAAGAUGAAUCCGUGGCUUCAACAUCGGCUGAAGACAUUUUUGCUGCUGCUGCGAGCCCUGAUGCUGCCGGUGGAGUUCCCAAAGCCCCCGGUGAUGAUCUUGCAGACGCUGUUGAGGCGACAAGCACAUUGAAAUGCCUGCUUCACCCAAAAGCGACCCUGCAACUGCCGUGUUGCGUGGGCCCCAGCGUGGGCCCCAGCGUCAAAGAAGCCUCCGCCCAAGGAGCCUUUGUCGAUCCCAGUGUCAUGAACAUGCCUCCCUCACGCGUACGCAAGCUGUUUUCACUAGCAACCAUGCUCACGACCCUCUCUUUGCUUGAUGUGGCACGUGAGUAUCUGACAAGACGGGUUGAGGAAGUCGUGGACGAGGAAGUUGCAGCCCUGAAGCACUGGCUCGGUGUAUUUUGCCGACCACAACGACGUGAGUUGUGCCCUCAACUGCAACCACAACCCAGCGCCAUGGUGGCGGAUCCAAGCCAAGAUGUCAGCGCACAAGUCGUGGCAGAUCUUCGGCAUGAGCUAGAAGUGGUGCAAGGUCCACCAGGCACGGGCAAGAGCACCCUCCUUUCUCGCGCGAUCAACCGUUGCUCUGAAGCGGCUUUCACACCCUCUACAGUGCGCAGUCCUCAAUCCCAUGCCACAUUGAUCAUUGCCGUUCAGAACAAAGCUUGCGAGAAUGUACUCCGACGUCUUGUUGAAGACGAAACCUUCACGGAUGAAGAAGUCCUUGUUCUGGGAACGGAGCGCAAUGCCGAUCGACUGGGUCCAUUGCAGUUCCACUGCUUGAUGCAAAGCCAUCAAAGUCGAGACUCGUUUGUCAAGUAUUUUCUCCACGAGUUUCAGAAACCGCAGAGUCCAGCCAGGCACAAGAAGAUGCUCGACUACCUGGAAAAGGCUUUGCGGCAAGUGGAGCAGCGUCUCUAUAGGACUGCCAAGAUUGUCGUCGCCACGCUGGACUCAGUGCAACCUUUACUGACCAGCAAGCGAAUGAUGCACCUGCGCAGACGCAUCAAGUGUAUUUUUUGCGAUGAAGCUGGCACCAUUCCUGAAUGCCGCCUGCCCACCCUCUCUUUCUUCUUGCCAAAGUUUGUUCUCAUGGUCGGUGACACGAAACAGCUUCCUCCCUUCACUCGGCUGCGCUCCGACAACGCCCAAGACCCUCUUCCCCCGUUUGCCCGCAUGGAGAAGUGUUUGGGACAGGCUGGCGUCCACAUGCUGACGCAGCAGUAUCGGUCGCAUCCAGCGAUCAGCGAUUUUGUGUCCGAGAACUUUUAUGGUGGUUGCUUGCAUCCACACGAAAGCGUGUACUCACGCGUGUGCAAACCUGGGCUAGAAUACUUUGAGGGCUUGCGCUACGAAGUCACUCAUAGCGAUGGUGAUCACCAGGAACUGACGGUGGAGGAGCUUGGUGAGAUCAGCCAACCAAACUGGAUGCAACGGCUGUGCAAAGAAGCUUUGGUCGGCGUCGCGCGUACCUCCUAUUUGAACCUGAGGGAGGCUCUGGCAGUGAAGGAGCAGUUGACGAGAAUUUUGAGUCGCGUCGCCUCAGCGCAAAGACUCGCCUCAGACCCAUCUACCUCGGAAGAAGCCCCAGCCGAGCCUUCGGCGACAGUCGACGUGAUCACAUUUUACAAGGCUCAAGUUCACGUUUUGGAAACGCUCCUGUUUGAUGAAAUUAAAAGGGGGGCCGAGCUGUACAACAUGCGCAUCGAGGUCAAGACCGUAGACGCUGCUCAAGGCUCAGAGGCCGAUGUGGUCAUCUUGUCCCCUGUGCGCUGCCACGCACGAACGGGCUACAAAACCCUUGGUUUCCUCCAUGACGAGCGCCGCCUGAACGUGGCAUGUUCUCGUGCACGUUACGCACUCAUCGUCGUUGGGUGCUUGUCCUAUGAACAUGGGUGCGUUGACAAGCACCGAAUUUUCCGCGAGUUUGUUGGUUUGGCCAAGCGUUCGGAUCGUGUCCUACAGCAGAAUGCCAUGCCUGAGCAGAAUGCCAUGUCUGAGGACGAUUUCUUCAUGUGA